AUGGAGCAUGAUCCGACCACAGUUAUCGUUGAAUCAAUACUUGCAAUAUCAUCCAAAACAAUAAUAAAGACAACUACUAACGAAGUAAGAGAGAGGAAAGUCUAUACUCUGCCUGGCCAGAAACAUGAUCCUCCCGAACAGAAAGAACCCCUGAGGAUUUUCUACGAGUCCUUGUCAAAACAGAUACCAACAAGUGAAAUGGCCGAAUUUUGGUUAAUGGAACAUGGGUUGCUGUCUCCUGAAAGAGCUAACAAAGCAUUUGAGAAGAAGCAGAGGAAGCAAAAGGAACUUCGGACAGGAACCCCUGUUAAGCAAUCUAGGCCACCAACUAAAACUGAAACUUCACAGAUGCGGCAAUUGGCAUCAAACAAUGGUGACAUAAAAGCCAAUGAGAGUGAUGACGAUGAUGAUUUCAUUUUAAGUCAUAGAAGAAGAAAAUUUUAA